UUGAUCUCCAAGUGCAUGUAACAACGUGAUUUAAUAAUCAAGCCGUGGCAUUUUGAAAUAAAAUAAACUGAGUAAAGCACUAAAGAAGAAAUCGCAAAGAUUUCAAUGCAUUCAACAAAAUGAGGACAUCAUCGGUUUUAUUGUUAACCGUUGUUGUAGUUGUGGCCAUUUAUGGCGGUUAUGCCAAAGCUAGUAUUAUACCAUUACAUGGCGGUAUAGUGUCACCAUAUGUUAUUCUGCAACAUCCUAAUGUUGUAGUGGCAAGCGCUUCAGAUGGUUCUGCUGCAGUGGCAGCCGCCUCUGAAGCAGCUCAACACAUAGCCAAUAGUGUACAAGAAGCCGCCAAUCAAGCCGUUGUUCAUGCUCAAGUUGCUGCCGAUGCUGCAGGUGUGAAUGCCCAAGCUAUUGUAGAUGCCGCCCAAGCUGCAAACGAAAAAGCAGCAGCUAAUAUUGCUGCUGUAGCUGGUGCUCAAGCUGCAGCAAAUGCUGCUGCUAUUGCCAAUGCCCAAGCUGUGGCCGAUUCUCUUGCUGUUGCUAAUGCUGAAGCCGCCGCAAAUGCUGCUAAUGCUCAAGCAGCAGCUAAUGCUCAGGCAGCUGCUGCUGCAAAUGCCGCUGUCGCCGCUAAUGCUCAAGCUGCUGUUAACGCUGCAGCCUCAGCUAAUGCUCAGGCUGCUGUUAACGCUGCAGCAGCAGCUAAUGCUCAAGCUGCAGCUGCUGCCGAUGCUCAAGCUCUAGCAAAUGCUCAGGCCGCCGCUAAUGCCCAGGCUCAGGCUGCUGCCGCUGCUAAUGCUAAUGCCCAAGCUGCUGCCAAUGCUCAAAUCGCUGCCGCUGCUAAUUCUCAAGCUCUUGCUGCUGCUAAUGCCCAAGCAGCUGCUGCAGCCAACGCUCAGGCCCAAGCAGCAGCUAAUGCUCAGGCAGCAGCUGCUGCGAAUGCUCAGGCAGCUGCUGCUGCGAAUGCUCAGGCAGCUGCUGCUGCUAAUGCUCAGGCCGCUGCUAAUGCUCAAGCUGCUGCUAAUGCCCAGGCAGCUGCAGCCAAUGCUCAGGCCGCUGCUGCUCAAGCUGCCCUUGGAUCUGGCAUAGUUGUAUCUAUUGUACCAGCUGUUCCCGGUUUGCCUGGUGCUCCUGGAAGUCCAGGCGCUCCCGGUGGUGGUGGAGCUCCCGGUGGUUUAGGCGGUGCUGGUGGUUCUGCCCUUGGAAUUGCUGGAGCUGGUGGUGCUGGAUCGGCCGGAGGUGCUAUUGGUGGCGCUGGUGGUUCAGGAGGUUCUGGUCCCGCAGGAGGUGGUGGAGGAGGUGCUGGUGGUGCUGCUGCUGGCGGUAGUGGUGGAGGAGGAGGUGGUGCUGGUGCCGGUCCCUUAGGUGGUGGCGGAGCUGGAGGUGGUGGUUCAGGUGGUGCCGCUGGAGGCGCCUAUAUUUCAGGCAUAAGUGGUAGCAAUGGCGGUAAUGGUGGUGCCUCAGUAGGUUAUGGCUGCGGACCUGAUGGUUUGGAUGGUGCUGAUGGCCUCGAUGGACCCAGCGGACCCGACGGAUCUCUAGGUGGUAGAGGCGGUAAAGGUGGUAAGGGAGGUAAGGGUGGUUGCAUAGGUGGUGGUGGAGCUGGUGGCGCUGGAGGUGCCGGUGGUGCUGCUCCUCGACCCGGUCCCGCUCCUGUUUGGCCCGAACCCAUUAUUCUCAAUACCAUUCAAUGGUAAUACGAUUUUAAGUUAUUUCUUCUUAUUUCGUUCAACUAUUUUUUAACAUUGCGAAAAUUUCACUGAGGCAACAUUAAUUAAGAAAAUUAUUUGAAUUUUGUAUGAUUUUAAUUAUUAUUUUUCUUUUGUUUUUUUAUGUUUUUCUAAUUAUUUUUUUGUUCUUCCAAUUCAUGGAAAUGAAGGUGCAUACACAUACAAUGUUUACAUACGUUUUUUCUUUUAAGUUAACCUUAGUUUAAGUCUAGUCAUAAAUAACACCUUAAACGAAAACUACACUGUGUUUGUUUGUCUUUGCAUGCGAAUAUAAAAAAUAUUCAAAAGAAAAAAAAA